AUGGCAGAGCCCAGGAAAGUGCCCUUUGUCACCAUCUCAUCCUUCACCGCCGCUUCGCCGAGCCUGGAGCCCGGUAAGAAGCGCCGCCGUGAAGAUGACUGCGCGGACAUCACUUUGGGGAAAGAUGGAGGUGUAAGUGCCGCGGGCAAAGAGGCAGAUGGAGGGGGUCUUUUUGGGACCACCACAGACGGCGAGACAAGCGGGAGUAAGCCCACCAUGCGCCUGGAUCUAUCCCUGAAUGAGCCCAGUGAGAGGGGCUCUGUAGAGUUUAACUACACCGAACUCACGCACUCCACGCAGCCGCAGGUUAAAAAAAAUUGCUCAACAACACCCAAAGGACUGACGCCUUCCCUUGACCCCAAUGACCCUAUGGCUGAUGAUGAUAAGGAAAGGCGUGAAGUGGAAGAACUGGCUAGAAAGUUUGAGAACAAAUAUGGUGGCAGUGGACCCAAAAAGAAGAAAAAAGACCGCAUGCAAGAUCUUAUAGAUAUUGGUUAUGGCUAUGAUGAUACUGAUCCAUUCAUUGAUAAUUCUGAAGCUUAUGACGAGCUGGUCCCGGCCUCUCUCACGACAAAACAUGGAGGCUUUUACAUCAAUACUGGAACACUGCAGUUCAGAGCCACAUCUGACUCUGAAGGGGAGCUCACAAGUGCAACCGAAAACCACCUAAAGAAAAUAAAAGAUGGAGAAGAACGAGUAAUUAAAAAACGAAGAAAGAAGCAAGAAGGUGGUAUCCUGGAUGAGAAGAAACCAAGAAAAAAUAAAGUACCAAAGUUGGGAGUGUCUGCUCUGAAUGCUCACCGUCCAGAGAAGAAGAAGAGGAAGAAGUUGAUGAAGGACUCCAUUCAGUUGGCAAACAUGCUGAGGCGUUUUAACAGGGAGAAGGAGGAGAUGCGCAAGAAGCACUUGCCUGGAGGAAUGACCCAGAGGCCGACUCCCAAACUGCCCACUGCCAACAGCUCAGUGCUCACCAGUCAAUCCAAAACCCCAGGAAACAACGAGUGUAACAUGAGCGACCUGACCACAGACCCUGUGGUCAUGUCACUGCUGGGGACAGCUAACAACGACAUCCUCCAAGACAUGAUGGGCGACCUGGACUUUGGGAUGCUGGACUCCCCUCACAGUCCGGGCCAGGGCGAGAAUGGCUCCUUUGGGAUGGCACACAAGAGCAGAGUGUCUCAGGGCAGCUCCUUGACUCCUCCUCUGCCUGGAGGACUGCCUGCCCCGCUUGCCAAACGGAUAGAGGACCUGAGAAUGGCAUCCAGACAGUUUGAUGAAGAAGGCCGGAAGAAGUUUUUCACUUUGGACAUGAACAACAUCUUGCUGGAUAUCGAGCUGCAGGUCCAGGAGCAGCCCUCAGAGGUGCGCUCUGCCGUCUACUCCCACCUCGAGGCCUUUGUGCCUUGCAACAAAGAAGCUCUGCUCAAACGACUCAAGAAACUCAGCCUCAACAUUCAGGACGACCGACUCAGAACUCCUCUGCUCAAACUCAAACUGGCGGUGUGCAGCGUUAUGCCAGAGCAGAUCCAACGGUACAACAUGGACUGCAUCGCAAAAAUGGCAAAGCAACAGGAAGAGGGAGAAAGAAAUGGCUCAGAUGACGACGACGAUGAGAAACCUGGGAAAAGGGUCAUGGGUCCACGUAAGAAGUUUGAGUGGGAUGAUAAACUCAGGAUACUGCUGUGUAACCUGGUGCGGAUCAAACUGAACUGUUAUGAGCUGGAGGGGAAGAACUCUGUGUCUUUGGAGGACUACCUGAAGGGUUUCAUGGAGAGUGAAGUGAAGCCUCUGUGGCCCAAAGGCUGGAUGCAGGCCAGGAUGCUGUUUAAAGAAAGCAUUAUGGUGCAUGGUCAUCUCACAGGCUACGCGGCAAAGAAGAAGGUGGUGGCUACUCCCAAGGUCCGGCCUAAGGAGCCAGUAAUAUGGAACCAGAGGGCAACGCCGUCAAUCGUUCCGUCGACGUUACCGAUUGCAAAGAGGCCACCCCAGUCCCCGUCCGAGCCCAUAUGUCUCGACUCCCUCGAUGAUGUCCAAGCGUCUCCUCCUCUUGACUCCAUCUCCCAGGCCUUAGCCAUCCUCGGCAAUGCCGCAAAGGGUCUCGCUCAGGGAGAAAGCCCCCCGUCCCCUGAGGCCCCGAAACCCCCGAAACCCCCCGUCAUUCUUCAUCAGUCCCCUGUCCCUCAGCAGCACAAAAAGAACUCUCUGAGCAGCACAACUCACUACAUGCCUACCUCUACGUCCAGUCCGUUGUCCAGGCCCGCCUCCCUCAGCUCCUCUUCAGCUGGAGUCGGGGGGCUUCGAGUGGACAAUCUAGGGAAAAACUCACCGCAGGUUCACAGACAUUCAGUGCUGAACUCUCACAGAACUGUUACUGUAGGAGUGGCCAAAGCCAAUGUGUGCACAGUAGCCACGCCCCCCAAGCCCCGCCCCCCUGCCACUUCUUCUCCACUGAUGGCACCUUCAAACCUCGUGAAGGGAAGCAGUUCAAAAGACACUCUCCUUCUCUCAUCCCCUCGUCCACACAUGCUCCAGUCAGCCCCUCCUCACCUCACACCAAAGCCCUACACCGCUCCUCGACUCUCCACCGGCCUGGCUCAGCCACAGUCUAACUUCAUCACCCCCAUGCACGCCACGCUCACCAAACCCUCGCACAACAGUGUUGUACCCAUCAUUAAGUUGUCCCCUCGCGCCCCCAGCCCUGCGGUGAGUGUGUCCUCGCUCUCCCUCCCGCAACCCCCCAGGUCUCAGGCAGCAUCAGCCAUACACCAGUACUCCCCCAAAAGCCCUGCCUCCUUCCGCCCACAGUUCUCAGGUUCUCCCGGAGCGUUAGGCAAACCUGGCCCAGGAGGCUUUACUGUCCCGGGACAGAAGACCCCCAGCAGCACCACAUCAAGCCUUAUCAACAGCUCACCUGUGAACAAAAACACAGCAGCCUCCAUCACAGCUGCCUCAGCCAGUCCACGGCAGAGGAUAGGGCCAGGGACACCUCAAGGAGCCAAACCAAUCACACUCACGCCUUCGUCCACCACCUCAUCUCAAAUAACACAGGUCUCCACAUCAGGUAGCAGCUCUCUGCUGGGCUCAUCCCCCUCUCUCCCUUUGGGCUUUGGGAUGCUGGGGGGUCUAGUGCCCGUGUCUUUACCCUUCCAGUUUCCCUCUCUGCUCAGCCUCAACCCUCUUGCCACGUCCAGCUCCACGACCACAGCCAGCGGCUCCACGGCCAGUAGCAACACACCUUUUUCUACAAUGACGCAGAAUGUGUUUAAGAGUCUCCAGUCAGGCUCUCAGACUGCUCUGCCUCCUCACUUACAGCGCUCUUUCUCAGAUGUCACUCAAAGCCAUGCAGAAGUUAAGAGGAAGACAUUAUGA